UGAAUUUAUUAGGGCUUAUCUACCGGAGCCGGGAGUACCUAUAGGUAGGUGUGUAAUCCGUAGACCUCCAAGCCAAGAUGUCUCCAACAGUCCGAACACAACCUACUCCGGGCAUUAUGUCCCUCAUAACACCCGCCAUCUUUUUUCUUGCAGCUUUGUCUGGAAGCUAUCUAUUUUCCUUCAGAGCCCGUCGCUCAAGAGCUCAUGGCCUGACCCGUGAUCUUAUGUCAAGCUCUCGAUCGCGAGGGUUUGAUGAUUAUGAUUCCGCAGACGAGGAUUUCGCUGCAGACGCGCAGUCGCGAAAUCUCAUCUAUGACUCUGGAGAAGAAGAUGACUACCUCAUGGUAUUUGACAAACCUCAAUUCCGAACACAAUUCGGAGUAGGACCUGGCGCUGCAGUGCGCGGAUACCCUAGCUACGGAGGAAUCUACGUGCUUCAUUGCACGGCUGUCGAACUUGACUUUUUAAAUCUAGACCGAUUCCACAUCGCCAUGAGAUCUCUGGAUCAAGCAGAGGAGGAUAUUCAUUGCGGUAACAUGCGCAAGCUCGGAGCGACCUGGUGGGAGAGUGAAGAUGCCUACAGGAGGAAUUUCAUGAGUCCAGAUAGAUACAAUCAACCGGUCGUCUACGUUGGCUGGCCCGCAGGUGGUGGUGUCUGGGUUCUGAGAACAACACACGGAGACGCGUCGUCGAGAGGUAUCGGCAGAAUCAACAACACUUACAACAUGGAGGAACGUUGCCGUCUAAUCAGGCAACUGGGCGGAUCCUACCACGAGCAUCCGGAAGACGGCGUAAACCUUGUGUUCUAAGCAACAUCCGGAUGUGAUGGGAGGAAAAGGCUCGGGUUAUACAGGGAGACUAUCUAACUACGGCUAAUGUCAACGGCCACUAUCCUCCACACCGCCCCGUCGGACUGCAUCACUCUACGUGACUACUACGCCGACGCAUCAUUUUCGACACCAAAACAGUUAUUACCCUCACUCUC